AUGAGGAUGCAACCUUGUUCUUCACUGAGGUUGGAAAAUCUAUGUCAGAACCUGCACUAUGAACAAGCAGCACAAGAUGGUAAAUGGAUUACAUCUAUGAAUAAAGAGUUGGAAGCCCUUGAAGUGAAUAACACUUGGGAACUCACACAGUUGCCUGCUGGAAAAAAGGCUAUUGGCUGUAGAUGGAUAUAUAAAAUCAAAAGGAACCCAGAUGGAAGUGUAGAUAAAUUCAAGGCAAGGUUAGUGGCAAAGGGGUAUCUACAGAAAGAAGGAAUUGAUUUCUUUGAUAGUUUCUCUCCAGUGGCCAAACUGGUUUCUGUGAGAUUACUUAUAGCCUUGGCCACACAAAGAAAGUGGGAACUACACCAUAUUGAUAUAAAUAAUGCAUUCCUUCAUGGUUUUUUGGAAGAAGAGGUGUACAUGGUGCCACCUAAAGGGUACACAAAAGCUGCCAAAGGUGAAGUGUGCUUGCUAAAGAGGAGUCUCUAUGGUCUGAAACAAGCCUCUAGACAAUGGAACAUAGAAUUUUCAGACAAGUUACUUGGUUAUGGUUUUAUCCAGUCUAAGCAUGAUCACUGCAUGUUUAUCAAGCACACUGGUUCUACAACUCUAGCCUUACUGAUAUAUGUUGAUGAUGUUCUUACUGCUGGGAAUUCUUUAGCUGCUAUACAAAGUCUCAAAGAAUAUCUUCAUAAUCUUUUUACAAUCAAAGAUUUGGGACCUGCAAAAUACUUCUUGGGACUAGAAAUUUACAACACUGGACAAGGUACAUAUCUCACACAGAGAAAGUACAUACUGGACUUGUUACAUGACCUUGGGUUGAGUGAUUGCAAGCCAUCUGCCACUCCUUUUCCCUCUGGUAUAAACCUUUCCUCACAAGAGUCUCCUACACUUCCAGACUCUUCAGUAUAUAGAAGGCUUAUUGGGAGACUAUUAUACUUGAAUCUGUCAAGGGCAAACAUCUCCUAUGGGAUUCAGCAGCUUAGCCAGUUUGUUCAAACCCCUACACAGGCUCAUUGGGCAGCUGCCAUCCACUUGCUCAAUGAGCAGCUGAAUCACUGUGCCGCUCGCUGGUCGAGGAGAGCUGAACUUCGGAUCCGAUUUUGCGGUUUGAGUAUCUGCAAAAAGUUGCAAUCGACGAAGGUUCUAUACAAAAUGGAAGAUGGAAGUAGUAUUGCUAUGGCAAAACGCAUGAAAGUUGCUGUGGAGGAUGGGGAGACCUUGGUGGAAGGUGAAUCCACUGCACUGGUUUCAGUCGAAGAAAACGGACCAAGAGCUUCUGAACAAGUAAAGACUGAAAUUGCUCAUAUUCUUGAAAAGAUCAACAGCUUCACUGAAAUGGUGUCUGAGCUACUAGACUCUGGGAAGUCCAUGCUGAAGGAACUGAGCAAUGAUUUCGAGGAACGCAUGAUUUCGAUACACAAGGAGCAGAUUCUGAAGUGGCAUGAGGAAAUCAAUGAACUUCGCUUGCUCGAUGCUGCGAAUGAGGAUGCCGAUGCUCUUUUGCAGAAUGCUAAGUAUCUUCUUCAGAUUGCCCAUGCUGGCUAG